AAUAUCGCAUUUUUAUAUCGAUUUCGACACACUAUAUUUCGCGCAUCACUAUGGUCUUUCAAUUUUGACCGUCUGUGAGAUUGACGGGUCGUAAUCAUGGGUCGUGUAAUACGUGCUCAGCGUAAGGGUGCCGGUUCAGUUUUCGUUUCUCACACGAAGAAGAGGAAAGGCGCUCCUAAACUUCGCUCUUUAGAUUACGCUGAACGUCAUGGAUACAUCAAGGGAGUUGUUAAGGAUAUAAUCCAUGACCCUGGUAGAGGUGCACCUUUGGCUGUUGUACACUUCCGCGAUCCAUACAAGUUCAAGACAAGGAAGGAGCUCUUCAUUGCUCCCGAAGGGCUCUACACAGGCCAAUUUGUUUAUUGUGGAAAGAAAGCAACUCUUGAAGUUGGAAAUGUGAUGCCUGUUGGAGCUAUGCCUGAGGGUACCAUUGUGUGCAAUCUUGAAGAGAAAAUGGGUGAUAGAGGUCGUCUGGCACGUGCCUCUGGAAACUUCGCCACUGUGAUUGGACACAAUCCUGAUGCUAAGCGUACAAGAGUAAAGCUACCGUCUGGAGCCAAGAAGGUUCUGCCAUCAAGCAACAGAGGCAUGGUCGGUAUUGUUGCUGGAGGUGGACGUAUUGACAAACCUAUUUUGAAAGCUGGAAGGGCAUACCACAAGUACAAGGUCAAACGUAACUGCUGGCCAUAUGUACGUGGUGUUGCCAUGAACCCUGUAGAGCAUCCUCACGGUGGUGGUAACCAUCAACAUAUAGGUAAGGCUUCCACUGUCAAGAGAGGAACAUCUGCUGGUCGCAAAGUUGGUCUUAUUGCUGCUCGCAGGACCGGAAGGAUUCGUGGAGGCAAGACCGAUACAAAGAAGGAGACCUAAAUUUAUUAUUAAGUCUAUUAAAAAUCUGUAAAAAUA